AUGCUUUCUUAUCACGAGUUUCAGUUUUUUAUUCUUCUCUUCCAACUAUCUACAACAACAAUGUCGAUUAAUGGAGCAGUUUUAAAGCCAGAUUACUCAAAGAUAAUCACAGAUCAACCACAUCUAUUACCAUUUGAAAUAAGUAGUGAUGGAUUAGAAACAUUAAAAUAUAAAUCACCCACUUCAAGACAAUCAUUAUUAAUUAAACUGAAUGAUGGAGAAUCUUUAAAUGUAAAUAUAUCAGCAACAGAUGGAUAUAUUUAUUUGACAAGUAAAAGACUUAUAUUUAUAACGGCAACUCAAGGUGAUAUUCAAUCAUUUGUAAUUGAUUUAAAUUUAUCUCCAAUUUUACAAUUAUCUCAUAAAAUUAAAUCACCUUGGUUUGGUCCUAAUUAUUGGGAAUUUAUGUUUUAUAGUGCUCUGCAACCAAGUAUUGCAAGUGAUGGAUUUCCUAAAAAUCAAUAUUAUAAAGGUGAAAUCAAAUUUAAUGAUGGUGGAUUGUUUCAAUUUGUUGAAAUUAUAAAUAAUGUAAUCAAUGAUGCAAUUAAUAAUAGAGAAAUCGACGAGUCAUUACCUCAGUACAGUGAAACUUAG